ACAGAGCCACGGACACCACCGCUGACCGAGACUAGACAACACCAGUCUUGUAUUAAACCAGGAAAUAGACACAAGAUAUAAAACAUUCAAGGGAACAACCCACCUUCCUGCAUAUGGACACAGGGCGGGGCAAACCAAAUCUAGCAACCAGAGACACCCCCAACCAAGCCAAUACACAAACACAUACAUCCCAUAAUAGUUUGCUCCCAAGCAAGACACACAAUAGAACAAUGGGAUGCACCACAUGGCAGUAAACAAUGAACAAUCCCCACACCCCACCUAUACAUGUCUACACAAUAUCAGGACAUUCCACCCUGUACCCCUAA